AUGAGUCUCAUCCCACGAUCAAAUGUCGUCAUUAUCCACCCUGACCUCGGCAUCGGCGGCGCCGAACGCCUAAUCAUCGAUGUUGCGCUCGCCCUCCAAAACCGCGGCCAUCAAGUAACGAUAUACACAUCCCACCGCGAUACGUCGCAUUGUUUCGAAGAAGCGCGCGAUGGCACACUCGACGUACGGGUUCGCGGGAACACGWUUUUCCCGCCGUUGUUUCUGGGGAGGUUUCAUUUGUUGAUGGCUGUGUUGCGGCAGUUACACUUGACGGUUUCAGUUCUUAUGGAAAUGGGGAGGACAGAAAAGAAAAAUGGAGUGGGAGAAUAUAGAGAUGAUAUUUUUAUUAUUGAUCAGUUACCGGCUUGUGUUCCGAUAUUGAAGAGUCUUGGGGAACGAUAUGCGCAAACUCGUGGUGGGAGACAACGGAUACUGUUUUAUUGCCAUUUCCCAGAUCAAUUGCUGGCGCGGAGGAAUGAGGGGAAUUUAGUUUUGCGGCUGCUUAAAGAAGCCUAUCGAUAUCCCCUGGAUUGGUUCGAGGGAUGGGCGAUGAGUGCCUCCGACCGGGUCGUGGCCAAUUCGAACUUUACUCGUGGUGUUGUUAAGCGUGUGUUUGGGUCGGAUCGGUUGGGCGAUGUGAAAAUUGUGUAUCCAUGUGUUGACACAAAGGAAUCUUCUCCUGCAAAAACUGAAAUCGUCGAGGGCGAAUUGUGGGGGGGGAAAAAGAUUCUUUUGAGCAUCAACCGGUUUGAGCGGAAGAAGGGUAUUGAUCUAGCGAUUCGGGCAUAUAAUGGGUUAUCUAAGGAACAGCGAAAAGGGACUCGAUUGGUUAUUGCAGGCGGCUAUGAUAAUCGCGUCCAAGAAAACGUCCAAUACCACAAAGAACUCAACGAUCUAGCUUUCGAAUUAGGGUUAAAAACAGCCACCUCCAAGACCGUCAUAUCAGCCCUCUCAAUCCCCGACUCAAUAGACGUCCUAUUCCUCCUCUCCGUUCCAUCUGCAUUCAGAGAUACACUUCUUCACAACUCAAAAUUACUCCUCUACACCCCCGUCAACGAACACUUCGGCAUUGUCCCCGUGGAAGCAAUGCAUGCCGGUUUACCUGUUCUCGCAUCCAAUACUGGUGGUCCUUUGGAAAGUGUCCUUGAGAACGAAACCGGUUGGCUCCGUGAUGCAACGCAAGUCGAUGAAUGGACGGCUAUAAUGCGAAAAGUGUUACUGGAAAUGAGCGAACAAGAAUUCGCCGACAUGGCUGCGAAUGGUAAAAGGAGAGUUGAAGAUGUUUUCUCGCUGCAUGCCAUGGAGGAUAAACUUGAAGAAGAGCUUCAAGAUAUGCUCAAGUCGAACAGACGGCCUUUUGUUAAUUUACAAUAUUUGCUACUUGCUUUACUGUUUUCGGGGAUUGCUUGCGCUGUCAUGGUUGCUCUGAUACUGCGGCGGAUCUAG